AUGGAGGGAGAGUUGAGAUACUUUGAGUUAAAUACAGGAGCCAAAAUGCCUUCUCUUGGCAUCGGCACUUACAAAACUCCUGCUCAUAUUGUUGCUGCUGCCAUCAAGUUUGGGUACCGACACAUUGAUUGUGCUCAUAUCUACGGAAAUGAAAAGCAGAUUGGAGUUGUUUUAAAGGAUCUGUUUGACGGAGUAGUGAAGCGAGAGGACUUAUUCAUCACUUCUAAACUCUGGAAUGCUGAUCAUGAGCCAGAAGAUGUGCCAAAGGCACUACAUAAAACUUUGGAUGAUCUUCAACUUGAUUACUUGGAUCUAUAUCUUAUUCAUUGGCCAGUAAAAGAGAAAAAGGGAUUGAGUGGUGACAAUGUUGAGCGGUUCCUUCAAGCAGACAUACCUCGUACAUGGAAAGCAAUGGAAGCCCUAUAUGAUUCAGGGAAGGUUAGAGCAAUCGGAGUGAGUAAUUUCUCUGCAAAAACACUAGAUGGCCUUCUGGAAGUUUCUCGUGUGGUUCCUGCUGUAAACCAAGUGGAAUGUCACCCUAUGUGGCAACAACCCAAACUGCGUGAAUAUUGUAAAUCAAAGGGCAUACAUUUAUCUGCAUAUUCACCAUUGGGUUCUCAAUCUUCUGAGGCAACUAGAAAAGGGGUUUUGGUUAAUCCAAUUCUGAAUAAAGUAGCGGAGGAACUGGGAAAAUCUCCUGCACAGGUAGCUCUUCGUUGGGGACUUCAACAAGGCCACAGUGUAUUGCCCAAGACUUCAAAUGAAGAAAGGUUAAAGGAGAAUUUACACAUUUUUGACUGGUUCAUUCCCCAAUAUCUGCUCUCCAAGUUUUCUGAGAUUUUUCAGGAAAAGUUUCUUAAAGCCACACAAUUGGGGUAUGAGGCAUCCGCUGGAUACAUCACUCUUGAAGAACUAUGGGAUGACCAAAUUUGAUGUCUUUGAUUAUUGCUCAUAUGCAAAUAAUGAUUUUCAUUAAUCACUCUCCUUUUCUCAAUUUACAGUGUAACCAAAAAAAAAUUAGAACACUCGGUUCUAGCUUUCGAAAAAUAAUUGUUUGUAAUUUUUUAUUUUAUUAUUAAAUGUGCGAUCUAUAAUAUUUUUUUAAAGUAAUCAUAACUAUUAUGAAUUUCUACCAUACUUGUAGUGAUAAUUGUUGGUUGAUAUCA